UUUGCACAACACACAGACCAAGUCGGGGCCACAGGGCGAUGCUUCCGCGACGAUGCAGCAGAGUUGGCCACUUGAAGGGGUUUGAUGAGAAAGGUCGAAGCUCGGGCAACAUGAUGAACCCUCCAGAUGAAACCAAUGGUCGAGGGAGGAGCUCUGUGUCUCAAUUUGUAUCAACCAUCAGGGUAAAUCGUAGCGGGGCUACAGCAUUUUUUCAUGGCAGCAAAGGACUGCAGUCGUCAUGCACGUGGCGCCUUGGCAGCUCACUUAUAUCACCAAGCUGGGUCAAUGUUCAACUUCGUUUACAAAAAUAGACCACCAGAGGUGUCCUCGGUGCUGGAUGCCGGCUCAAUAUCUCCGCUUCCUUUGGCAAUGUCUCUGCGGCGUCUGGGCGAUGCACCUUUAGCCCAAGUCAUCGAUUCGCUGACCAUGGACGAUGUAGCAAUGCUCAUGUUCGUCAACCACAAAUUCCACACACUGGUUCUGCGGUCGUUGGAAGGAAAGUGCAAGCUCUCUUGCGUCCUUGAACACCUGCCUGCGCUACUGGUGGCGCAUCGAUUCCAAGCCCCAGUUCCACAUACCUGGGUGGCACUUUAUCGAACAUUCGCGUGUCUGAAUCAAUUCAGAUGGGCGCGAUGCCCCAUAGAGAUGUCCAACGCGCUGACAUCGCAAAGCAUUGAUCGAUAUGAGUACACAAUCGAUACCACGGCCCAACUACUCACACGGUGUGGUGGGCAUUACCGCUUUGAAGUAUGGACGCUUCCGAUCUCAUCUAUUCAAUUAAGUCGUAACGACAGCGAUGGGGCUGGCGGCCACGACAUACCGUUCACGAUCAAUAUCAAGGGCUGGACAAGGCUAAACGUGGCCGGUACUGAGCCCACACCGCGGCGACACCACUCGGCAACGUGGCUCCCGACGAAACUUGUCGACCAGUCUCUCACCCGAAUACGGCGAUUGCUGAUCUUUGGUGGACAUGCAGAGAGAUACCCAUUUCAGCCGUUUAAUGAUGUCGCGAUGUGCAUCGAAAACGACGCCUGCGACUUCCCGACCGACGUUCAAGGUGACUCGAUGACGGACAUUCCCUUCGGAGUGACGUGGAUGAUGCCCGAGAUCUCUGGUCAAGCCCCCUUCCCCCGCAGCGGCCACGUCGCCACUCUCAUUACACGACAGGCCGUUGCAAUCUCUGGUGGCAGCCACGGAGCUUCCCCCAUUCCGGCAUUCGAAAUCCACUUGCUUCACAUCGACGACGACGGCUUUUGCUCCCUGCGAUGGUCCACCCCAUCUUGCAAGACGUUCUGUCCCCGCGGUCGGUCCUUUCAUUCAGUGUUUCGGUACUACAUCGAUCAAGAAGGCAACUAUAAAACAGCCAUUAGGCUAUCGUCAUGUUCAUACGUUGUGUUUGGCGGCAAGCAGGCACGUAAAACAGCUUUCCCUCGUGCCGGUCGCAUCUUCACCACGACGACUACUUCACGUAGAUUGGAGAUACCACCGGCCUGUACGACGCCCAUCAGGUUGCCAUCAACAUUGAGGAAAAUUCCUGCGCUUGGUCCCACGCGCGACUCCAAGGCGAAUUGCCCGCGCUCCGCCGAGGACACUCGGCGACGUCCAUCGGGUCGAAGCUGCUGCUAGUGUUUGGCGGAGAAUUGAAGGAAUGUGGCUCGUUGGACGGGACAGCGUACCUUUUCACGGCCAAAAGAAUGCUCUGGCGGCGCAUUGACGCUCCUGGAGACUGCCCAUGUCCCCGCCGCGGACAUGCUGUGCAGUACUCUGGAACGAGCGUCAUCGUCAAAGGUGGGUUUGGAUCCGACCACGACAAGCUGCCCAUGUCUGACGCACAUAUGCUCGUGCUAUAAAUUCAUCACGGUCGCACCCAAUUCUGAAUCUCCUGCCAACAAAUCUUGGCCAAAUGUGGUCGCAUGGUGGUGGUACCCUUCGUUGUUGACGCUGAGAAGACGAUGCUCGUCAUCGUCGUCUUGGUACAUGAGAAUAGCCGGCAUCGGCAUCGGGAUGUCGUGCGGCAAAAACACCAGCGAGUCAUCCGUAGCUGUCGACGCUGCCACGUGCUUUCGUUUUUGCGCUUGAACAUGAGCGCGCACGGAAUGGCCGCACACUACUUUAUCCGAAAACAACUCGAGCGCCUUGGGCGAGAUCGCCAGGAGUUGCUUCAUAAAUGCAUCCAACGCGGGGGGAUAAUACAUGUUUUGCUUCCCCGCCCCACGCCGCUGUUUUUCCUUCAAAUGCAUGAGGCUUUCGUACACGCCUUCUAGGACAGGAUAGUUGCGAAAGGCGCCGGUGAUGCCAAACCGGGCAACUUUGAGCCAAAAGCACGCGCUUGAGUUCGCCAUCACGUUACCAUUCGCGUUGAGCGCAAACCACCGCAGCGUUGCGUUCUUGGAAAUUUUGUGCAUGACGGGGUCGGUCGUCAUGAAUUGAUUCGGGAUAAAUCGAAUGUUGUCCAAGUUGCGUGUCUGUCUGCGCGCUCUGCUCACGGCCGAUCGAAAGCUUGCGUUGCGGUGGAGCGCCAUGCAGGCAGCACACGCCUCCGCGUGCCGAACACACAUCCCCAUGCACUUCAUACUUCGCACACACUCGCCGGCCUUGUCGAUUCUCCAAAUGGCUUCGCGGUGGACGGCGUCCAUGAGCAACUGCUGCUGGUCGACACUGAGCGAGUGCGAUAUUGUAACUUUUCCCUCGACGAAGUGUGCCGGAAAGAGUUCUCGGGCAAUUACGUGGCGAGGGCGGCUUCCGCCAGUCAUUUGUAGGGAGUUCUCAACGUAGGACGCCACCAACAGACCUGGACAUGGGAUUUUUUCAUUUGGAUGCUGUCUGGCGUAGUGUUUCCACUCCAAUUCGCGCUGGGUGAUGAGAUCUGCAGCUGACGUCGGCACUGCACCAUCGGCGUUGUCAAGAGAUGGGCUAUCUACGCCGAGAGUUUGGGAUGGUGGAACUUCCAAAAGCAGAUCUGUCUGCUCUGGCGGGUCAGUCGACGCUACGAGCAACGCCAGCAACGAGUUUGGAUGGGAUUGAGCCACCUUCUUGGACGAAUGCCGCUUCGAUCGCCUGCAAAAGUGCUGCUGGAACAACUCGCUCGCUUCGGCUGAAAUCUCUCCGAGUGACGAAAUAAAGUCGUCAAGGGCUGGCGCGUAUGGCAUGUUUUGCUUCCCAACCCCGCGGCGCUCCUUUUCCUUGAGGGUGACAAUCCACUGUAGCAACCCAAUGACCACUGGGGAGUCUUGGAACGCAUGUGCCAUGCCCAUCUCGGCCACAGACAGCCAGUAGUAGUGCGGAUUCACUUCGUCCUUGUUGUAGCAUGCUAAGAGCUGCCGCAACUCGCGCGCGUACGAAUCGGCCAUGGUUGUGUCUGCCAAUGGCAGCUUGAGGCUUGCGGACGAGAGCUGGACCGUUCGAGGGAUGAAUUUGGGAUUCCGGGUGGAUUUGACCCCCCUCAAUGAAAUGGCCGUCCGGAAGGACGGAAUCGCUCUGAGGUUGGUACAAUACUGACAGGGCUGCCUCACGUGAUGUUUCAUGCGUGCGACGCCAGCACACUGAAAGCUCCGAACCGUCGCCGCUUCCUUAUCAAUCCACCACAACGCUUCUUUCUGUACGGUGUCGUGCACGAGCUUCUUCUCGAAAGGACACAGCGCAGUACUCAUAUCGCACUUGGC